AUGCUAUCACACAGUGCCAUGGUGAAGCAAAGGAAACAGCAAGCAUCAGCCAUCACAAAGGAAAUCCAUGGAAAUGAUGUAGAUGGCAUGGACCUGGGCAAAAAAGUUAGCAUCCCCAGAGACAUUAUGAUAGAAGAAUUGUCCCAUUUCAGCAAUCGUGGUGCCAGGCUGUUUAAGAUGCGUCAAAGAAGAUCGGACAAAUACACCUUUGAAAAUUUCCAGUAUGAAACUAAAGCGCAGAUAAAUCAUAAUAUUGCUAUGCAGAAUGGGAAAAUUGAUGGAAACAGCCUGGAAGGUGGUUCACAGCAAGCCCCCUCAACUCCUCCCAACACCCCAGAUCCAAGAAGCCCCCCGAAUCCAGAGAACAUUGCACCAGGAUACUCUGGACCACUGAAGGAAAUUCCUCCUGAAAGAUUUAACACAACAGCGGUUCCGAAGUACUACCAGUCUCCCUGGGAGCAGGCCAUUGGCAGCGAUCCUGAGCUCCUAGAGGCUUUGUACCCGAAACUUUUCCAGCCUGAAGGAAAGGCAGAACUGCCUGAUUACAGGAGCUUUAACAGAGUUGCCACUCCAUUUGGAGGUUUUGAAAAAGCAUCCAAAAUGGUGAAAUUCAAAGUUCCUGACUUUGAACUACUACUGCUAACAGAUCCUCGGUUCUUGGCCUUUGCCAAUCCUCUCUCAGGCAGACGGUCCUUCAACAGGACUCCAAAGGGAUGGGUGUCUGAGAAUAUUCCUGUGGUGAUAACAACUGAACCUGCAGAAGAUGCCACUGUACCAGAAUCAGAUGACCUGUGAAAAGGAAGCUGGACACGCCACAGAAUGCUCUACAUAGAAAAGCUGCUGUUACUCCACUCACUGGCAAAGCUAUUUCAGUUCCUCAUUACUAUAACCAUUUAAUAGCAGUUAAGUAAACUUCAUUUUAUGCCAUUUAAUUUGAA